AGAGGUUCACACGCAUUGAACAGGAUCGACUACCUAUUAGAUAACCAUGGCAUUACAAGAACAGUUGAAUAAAUUCAAGAAACAGCAGGAGAAGUGUCAAUCCACUCUUACCAGUAUUGUAGCCAGAGCAGGAAGCACGAGUACUCCAGCAAAGCCCAUGCCUGCACCUCCUGUUGGUGCACGAGCUACAUUGCCUGCUGUCAAGUUCUCAGAUGAUACAGAAAGACUUAAAUAUGUUAGUGGUAUACGCAAAGCACCUGUAGGAGCUCAGAUGAAGCGCGUCAUCGACUUGUUGUAUGAGACAAGGCUGGCGCUUACACCAGAGCAGAUAAACAACGCAUGUUACGUUGAUAUGCUUUACAAGUCAAGGCAUGAUGUGAAGGAAAAGAAUCAGUUACAAAAGUUGAUAAGAAGCUACACGGAUGGCAUUAAGGUCAUUGACCUUAAGGUUGCGUACCCAACUGUGAUGGAGGACUUAGGUUUACAGGCCUUGAAAGCUGCUGGUCAAGUAUGGCUCCUAUCGAAGUUCGACUCUCAGGAGGAUAUUGCCUUCCCGAAUGAUCCCAAGGUGCCCAUAAAAGUAGAUGACGAUCUGAAGCAACUCUUUCGGAGAAUCGAAUUACCUCGGGACAUGAUUGACAUCAAGAAAGAUCUCCAGAAGAAUAGGAUGAAACCGUCAAAAAACAUGACGCAGAGAAGGCUUGCGGCCCAAAUCCAUGGGAUUUCACAGAAGCCCAAGCUCAAGAAGAAGAAGCGCGAGAUCAGCAAGAGGACGAAGCUCACCAACGUUCAUCUUCCUGAACUCUUUGAGAAUCUCAGAGGUUCCUGAAGGAGGGAGACGCCGGAGCUGUCCUCAGCAAACAAAUACCAAAGGACUGCUUGGAGGGCGAUCUUUUUCCCCGUGUAUCUUUGAUUGAUGUACAUACCGCAGGCUUGUUUUUAGAUCAUUGAUCUCGACCAUAAUUUGAGGUGUACAGUCAAGAGUUCUUAAAGUCAGAUUCAUCCAAGUUCAAAGGAGGCAAAGAACUUGUAUUAGAAAGCUCCUCAAUCGGAUUAGAUCCGCAAAGGACC